UGUGUUGGACAGGACUACGGCGGAAGUGGAUGCUGCAGAAGCAGGGAGUGCUUAGAAGCCGAUGACAGCAGUCUUAUUUAUCUUGUUUGUAUUAUAAAUAAAUAUAUUACCACAGAAGACACAGUGUUUGAAAUGAAUGUGUUCAUUUUUAUAGCAUUAGCUUUCGUAAGUACACAAGCGGCUCGAAGAAGUGACGACGAUGACUGGGUGCAUUUACCGAAUAAAUGUGAAGUAUGUAAGUUUUUGAGCAUUGAGAUGAAAUCCGCCUUAGAAGAAACGGGGAAAACGAAAGAAGUGAUAGAGACGAACUACCGUUUCUUGGACGAUAAAGGAGCACCACCAAUCAAAUAUGUAAAAUCUGACAUUCGGCUCAUAGAGGUAAUGGAAAAUGUAUGUACAAGGAUCCUGCAGUAUAAUUUACACAAAGAGAGAGAUGGCAGCAAUCGCUUUGCAAAGGGUAUGUCUGAGACAUUUUCGACCUUGCAUAACCUGGUCCAUAAAGGAGUGAAGGUUGUCAUGGACAUUCCUUAUGAGCUGUGGAAUGAGACAAGUGCUGAAGUAUCUGACCUCAAGAAACAGUGUGAUGUGAUGGUUGAGCAGUAUGAAGAGGUCAUUGAAGACUGGUAUAAAGGCAGCCAGGAAGAAGACCUAAUGACAUACCUGUGUGAGAAACAUGUUCUGAAAGGACAAGACUCAUCAUGUCUAAAAGAAAUGUGGCAUGAGAAGAAAGGAGAUCCUGCAGCCAUCGCACAAGACAAAAAGAAAAAGAAAAGCAAAAAGAAGGCCAAAGGUGGUGAGCAUAACCAAAACAAAGAGAAGAAGGGAAAGAAAAAGAAAAGUAAGCUUGAACACAGCGACAAGCAGAAAACUGAAGAGGAGGGACAUACGUCAGAUGAGGAGAUACAAAGGAGUGCUCCUCUUCAUCAGGAGAGAACUGAACUCUGACCUGUCUAACUUCAUUCAGACCUUAUUUUUGUCCUAGCGCUUCACGUUUGGUGGACAUGUGUGGUUUGGCAUAAAUUGUGUUAAAACUUCUGAAGUGUUGAAGUGUGGUAACACAGUAAAGAAUAAUAUCAAACUGCCUUUUUUUUUUUUUUUUUUUUUUGGGAAGAGUGCAUAAUUUCCGCUGAGUUAAGGUAAGGUACAAGUUUUGGUUGGAGUGGAAUUUUUUCCCCUCAUUUUUUUCCCCCAACAGGAUGCUGUGAUGAGCAUAAAGAGACUAUUAACAUGAUGAUUUGGCCUCCUUAAUUACUGAAGUGUUAAAUCAUGUAAAACUUUGAUUCAGUUAAUAUGACUUUAUAAAUUUUAUUGUUGCAUAAGAGUCAUAAAAUGUGAAUUAUUUAUUUUUUUCUUUACAGUUUACUGCAAACCUCCUUUACAUUUGAAAUGUUUUGUUUAGUAGAGAUGCAUAGUUUAGUCAUAGUUUAACCCUUAUUCUUGUGCUGUGGACUAAAAAGCUUUGAAUAAUGCAAUCACAAUUUCAGGUCAGUAAUUUUUCUGUAUUAGUGUGUCAGUGUUAUUUUGGAUGAUUUCUAAGUACAUUUUUAAAGUCCAUGCUUUGGCUAUGAAAUGCUGCGACUCCUAAAGAUCAGAAAUGGUGUGUUGUAUUUUAGGAGGGAAAAAAACAGUUACAAAUAUUGCAUUUUUGCAGGCUGUUAUUUUACUAUAUCUUCUGUCUGUGAAUAGUAUCUUACUGCUAGAGACAGCUUGUGGUUUUGAUAUGCAAUAAACAUUGAUAAUUGGACAAUAGAA